AACUUCUCAUUCCCAGAUUUGUGCCCGAUCUAGCCAGUGGGACAACAUAUUCACGCUUCAUCUCCAGUUCCCGUCAUUAUAUAAAAAAAAAAAACAAAGACAAUUGGGUAUAAUUGUCAGAGAAUUUCAUCAGCAACAGGUGGCAGAGAGAAAGAGAAUCAGAUAACAGAGAUGAAGGGGAAUGCCUCAUGGGGAUGGUGGAUGCUAGCGAUCUGGUGUUGCUACUGCCCCUCACCCACAGCCAGUUGGAUGGCACAUUUUAUGCCCAAUGACCUGGAAGUUCAUAUGGAGAAGUCCGCUCAAGUGAUACUCUCAGUGGAGAAUGUUGAGCCCUCCAUUUUGCAGCAACCUCAGCGUUACAGCUUUCGUUUGGAGAGCUCCCACCAAAACUUGGCCAAUGUGGCCGAUGAAAAUGCCAGCAUACCCAUUGACCUGAUCGAUGUGGACACCGGCAAAUGGUCGGGCCCAAUACAAGUGUUGGGCCAUUUUCUGGGUACAAGCAAGAUCACAGUCCACCUUGUGGAUGGCCAACUGAAUACCAGUGAGUUACCCACUAAUGGCAGCAGUGACAGCUCGCUGGAGGUGAGAGUGGUGCGGCCAGAACGGGUGGUGGAUCACGUAUUUGUCGGCUCGAUCAUUUUGCUAAUGUCAUUAGUGUACAUCAAUUUCGGAGCCGCCCUCAAUCUGGAGGUUUUACGUGGCCUAAUCACACGUCCGGUGGCUCCCAGCAUUGGCUUUAUAAUGCAAGUGGUGGGCAUGCCCCUGCUCAGUUAUGCCUUGGGGGUCUUCAUUUUCCCCGAGGCACCGGCCAUGCAGUUGGGCCUCUUCUUCACCGGCAUCUCACCCAGCGGUGGGGCCUCGAACACCUGGUCAGCUGUACUGGGGGGCAAUAUCAAUCUAUCGGUGCUUAUGACCACCAUCAGCAAUGUCGCCGCCUUUGCCACGAUGCCGCUGUGGAUAUUCACCUUGGGACAGUUGAUUUUCGAACGUGCCGGCAUGAUGGUACCCUAUAGCAAGAUAGCGACAUACUGCGCCAGUCUAGUAGUGCCUCUGCUGAUUGGCCUGGCCAUACAAAGAUGUUCGCCACGUCUCACUCGACUGUUGGUCCGCCUGCUGAAGCCCAUCUCUGCCAGCCUCAUACUCUUUAUCAUCAUAUUCGCCAUUAUCACCAAUUUCUAUCUAUUUCAACUAUUCUCGUGGCAGAUAGCCGCUGCUGGUUUGGCCUUACCAAGUCUGGGAUAUGCCAUCGCCUGGCUAACUGCCAAACUGUUGAAUCAAAAUUCAUCCGAUGCUCUCACCAUAGCCAUUGAGACGGGUAUACAGAAUACGGGAAUUGCAAUAUUCUUUUUGCGCACCACCUUGCAGCAACCGCAGGCCGAUCUCACCACAGUGGUGCCCGUGUCGGUGGCCAUAAUGACGCCCCUGCCACUAUUGGGAAUCUAUCUGUACAGGCGUUUCUCUGGUGGCCUCAAGGGGACUGAAGCGCCUGUCUUGUCGGAGCGCGAACGCGAGAGGAUCGUAUAGCAAUACAAGUUGGUGUAGGAGCAGGGACUCUUUGUAUUAACCACUUGCACUUGCACUUACACUUCCAAAGGGAUUAAUUGGUAUUCCAAAUCGUUACCUUUUUGUAUUGGGAAUGCUCAUAACGAAUUAACAUUCCUCCACCUCUUGACCAAUGAACAAUGAACCACUGAAUUUCACAUAGGCCUUAUCCCUAAGAAACCCUAGACCAAAAUGACAGAUAUUACAAAUGUUUCCCCCGAUUAGAGUCCAUUAUCUACCAUAUAUUACAUACUCCUAAUACAUAUAUAUAAUAUAAUCAAUAUUAUAUUUUUAGCAUUUAUUUAAGUAAAACUAAAUGUACAAAAAGAAAAA